CUCUUUUUCUUCUACCCCAUACAUCAUAAUACAUGUCAUUAUCAUGCCGCCUUCACUCUUUACAAUCUUCAAUCAUUGCUAGGUACUGGGUAAUCUUUAGACUUUAGUUUUUAGUCUUUGUAAGUUAUAACUUAUUAUAUAUAACAUAUACUAGGUAACUUAUAUCUGAUAUCUUAUAUCUUAUAUCUUCCAUUCUUCAAACUCUAUACACACACACACACACAGUAUUAUUCCUCAAAUUACCUUGACCGGGGAAAAGAAAGUUGGUCUUUCGCAUCUUCUAGACUUUUUGAUCUUCAUAGAUAUAGAGGGGCAUCUCUUUCCUCUUUGGUCCAAUCUCAUCGUCAAUUAAUAUCUCUCUCUCUCAUCCCCGGUCAACCUCCACCAUUAUACCGUUAUACCGUUCGUGGUUCGUGGUUCGGAUUAGAAUUUGACUGUGACUUUGAUCAUUUCUUGAUCUUUCCUUUCUUUCUUUCCUUCCUUCCUUCUUCCCUUCCUUGCCUUUCUUUUACAUCGUACUUCACCUUCACUUGAUUGGGCCUUCACUUCUUAACAGUCAACACCACCUGGGCAACCAAAAAAAUCUGACUCUCCACUUUCUUGAGAGUGAAUUGCGGAGUGGAGUUGUAAAUUAAAACAAAAAGUCGAAUUGAUCUUCGAGUUCUCAUCACUAUCCUUCAAUAUCCACUCACACAAACAUAUACACCCACACACACACACACACUCUCUCUCUCUCUCUCUAUCAACGACGAUUUGAUAUUCAGUCAAAUCUCACAACCUUCCUUUUCAUUGAUUUCUUGGACCUAGAAGUCUUUCAGAACUAAAGUCGACAACUACAAUUGCAAAAUUUGCCGCGCAUCUUUUGCUUGCUUUUGCCCAACACUCAUUUAUACCUUGAAACCUCGAGAUCAAGUCACUCAUUUCGAUUACUCCCAAGAAAAUACAACAUUCCUGUCGUCGUUGAUACCCAAUUGAGACUAAGCCUUCUUGACGACAACAUUCUCAAGAUCACAUUUACAUUCCAACGACCUCGAAAUUCAAGAUCGAAUCUAUUUCGACUUUCAAACCAACACAUUCUUUCUCUCAAUAUCACAUUCAUUAUGAAGAGCGCCAUCCUGUCCCUCGCGGGUUUCUCCCUUGUCCAAUUGACUUUGGCUCAACCAUUUAACCGCCAUAAUGCUCACCGGGCUAUUCAUGACAAGAGAAAUUUGGUUACAGUGGUUGAUACCGUUGUCGUCGCGGCUACCGAAAUUCCAGAAGUCAUCAUCUAUGUUAGCACUGACGGUACUCCUCUUUCAACUACUACCAAGUAUAUCGACAACGAGCCAACGACCAUCUAUCAAUCGAACCCAUCUGUCGCUACCUCGAGUGCCGCCACUACGACUACUCCAGCUGCCGAUGUUCAAGCUGCCGCUGCUGUUGCCGUUCAACCAUCCACUCAAACUACUGCUGAUGCUGUAAGCACACCGGCAGCUCAAGUUCCAAGUGUAGAAGUCUCUGUCGCCGCCUCUGUCGCAGUUUCUGUAGCUUACACUAGCGCUGACGCCCCCGUUGCCGCUACUUCUACUAGUGCUGCUGCCCCCGUUGUCAGCUCUUCCAGCAGCGCUGCCGUUGUUCCGGUCCCAGUUUCUUCGAGCUCUUCCACCACUUCUUCUGCUGCAGCCGCAUCCACUUCAGCUGUCGCUGCAUCAUCUGGAGGAUAUGGAUUCGCAUACUCUCCUUACAUGGCCAAUAACGCUUGCAAGACUCAAGACCAAGUGAACGCAGACUUUGCCGCAAUUCCAUCAACAUACUCUACCGUCCGUAUCUACGGAACGGAUUGCAAUCAAGUCACCACUACUUUGGUAGCCGCCAAGAAGUAUGGUUUCAAGAUCUUUGCUGGUGUAUAUGAUUUCGCCGAGGUUGCAUCCGAAACUCAAGCAAUUGUAGAUGCUGUUGAUGGUGACUGGAGUUUGAUCACUACCAUCUCCAUUGGAAACGAGUGGGUCAACAACGCUGUGACUGAUGCUGCUGGUGUUGCCAGUGCCGUCGCUACUGCUAAAUCUAUCCUUUCUGCCGCCAACUACCCUGGAAAGGUUGUAGCCGUUGACACCUUGGCUGCCACUAAGCUUUACCCAAGUCUUUGCGACAAUGUUGAUUAUUGCGCCGUCAAUUGCCAUCCUUUCUUCGAUACCAACACCGCCGCCGAUGCUGCUGGUACCUUCCUUAGCACCCAAAUCUCCGAGUUGAGAGCCCUCUUGUCCAACCCUGAUAUGGACAUUGUUAUCACUGAGACCGGAUGGCCAUCCGCUGGAACAUCUCACGAUCAGGCUGUCGCCUCUCCUGAGGCUCAGACCACUGCCAUAGCAGCUAUCAAGGAUCUUUUCGCUUCCAACGCAUCCAACGUUUUCCUUUUCAGUACAUUCAAUGAUUACUGGAAGGUCAACACCGCAGCUCUUUACAUGGCAGAACAAUCCUGGGGAUACCUUGGAAACUCUCCCGCUGAUGUAGCAGCUGGCUUGGUCUAAAUUCUCACGCAGACCUGACCUGAAUGACGAUCUGAUCUAACCUUUGGAGUAUUCACGGCGUUCUUUGGGGGUUACAACCAAUAUGUACAUACAUGUGGUGUGAACAUACAAAACUUUUUUCUGCUAUUAUUGUACUUGAUGAAGUGGAAGGAAUUGAUGAAUGGAAAUCUGAGAUAAAACAUGAGUGUAUUUCAUACUGUUGAGAGCCGACUGUUGGGUACUAGGCUCCAAGUAUAUAUUGCGCGCGAUUCGUGGUGGGGAGAUUAGAUGGGCUGAGGGUGCAAAAUGGUGCUGUGAGCUUGAUGAUAGGAUGGAGAUACUUUUCGAUUGUACAUAUUGUAGUUUUUAUUUGGAGGGAUAAAAGAGAGAAAUGACGAUACCAACCUGAAUUGAUGAUAUGAUUAUCGGGGACUUUUUAGUCUUAGUUUGUUUCGUGUGAUACAUGAUGUGGUGAUGGGAUCUAUUGAGGGGCUUG